UCAACGAUAUGUCAAAUUUCUCGCCGAGUUCAGCUCAUUCUUGGUCUACCAAAAGCAACUUAUGAGCUGCGGGGAACAGGAAAAACACACAAAUGGGCUUUAGUCAAAGCUUCACUCUCGGCUUCUAGCAACGUAUGUAGCCAGAGCAUGCAUCGAUCGUAAAGUUUGGAGGCGAGAAUUGAGCGGACCUGAUGUUCUCACUGUCACUGCCUUGUCUGUUUUCUCAACGCCGGCUCGGUCCCGAGGGCUGUAUUUACGCUACUCAGGCUUCUCGACCUCGUGCCUCAUGUCGAAAGUGGGUAGCUCGUCCAAAGCUACGGAUUCUCGAUUGACGCGAAUGCCGCAAUCGAUGAUCUCAGGCGCCAUACAUCAUGUCCAGCUAGCCAUCUGAGGUCGCCGCGCUUUUCCUUUGGGGAAUGGGCGGCCGUAUUAAAGCUUUGGAUCGCAGAGUCUACGGCCGCCAGUCCACCCUCGACAAUGCUCGUUUUCCAGACUAUUCUCUUCGCACUCACCACCUUGAUCGGGGUCCAAGCUCUUGACCUCUCCGCCUCUCAGUGGAUCUGGACGACCGAUGUAUCAGGUGGCCUGGCUCCCGUUGGCUCCCGCGCGUUCCGCAAAGACUUUGUCGCGCCAGCUGGCAAGACGCCGCUGGAGGCAGACAUUAUCAUCACAGCCGACGCCUCCUUCAGCCUGUAUGUGAACAAUAACCUCGUUGGAUCGGGCGGGAACUACCGCUAUGCCACGCGGUUCUGCGUCCCCCUCAAAGAUUGCUUGAACGUGUUUGCCGUGAACGCUACGAACGGUGGGACCGCACCCAAUCCGGCUGGGCUGAUCGCCGCCAUCCAGAUCACCUACUCCGAUGGAACGACUUCGCAGCUGGUGUCAGAUGCGACCUGGCGCGGCGCUAUCACAUUCCCGAGCAACUACCAGUCCCUCUCGUUCGACGACAACUCGUGGCGCCCCGUGUUCGUCGAGGCUGACUUCGGCGCCUCGCCCUGGGGCACGAUCCCGGUUCCUCCCGCGCCCCCCGUGCUCACGCUGGCCGCCGCGUCUUGGAUCUGGACGACGGAGGUGUCGGGAGGGAAUGCCCCAGCGGGGACCCGCGCGUUCCUCCGCACCUACACGCCGCCACCCGGCCAGCGGGUCGCGUCUGCGACGGUGAUCAUCGCCGCGGACAACGAAUACACGCUCUACGCGAACGGUUUCCAGAUCGGCUCCGGGACGAGCUUCACUACGGCGCAGACCUGGAGCAUCAACCUUGGUGCCGCAUCGCAGGUCGUCUUCGCCGUGGUGGCGACGAACAUCCUCACCGUCCCGAACCCCGCGGGCGUCAUCUUUGUGGCGGAGAUCGACCUCGUCCAGACGGCGUGCAACUGCACCGGCGGAGCCUACCUGAUCAGCGAUGGAUCCUGGCUGUGGCCUGGGAACGCGUCGGUUCCGUCGGGCUUCCAGAAUCCCGGGUACGACAGCUCGUCCUGGACGGCUGUCACCACGGAAGGUAUGGACGGCGUUGCUCCAUGGGGCACAGUCGCUGUUUCUCCGUCGACGGGCACAAUAAAUGCUUUUUAGAGUCGCGAUCCUUCAAUGAAUGUUGGUAAAAUUUUGUAAAUGGGGCUGUCGCAGGAUUUGUAAAAAAACUUAUAGCAAUUUGCGAAUAUAAUGGCUUUUCCGAAAAAGAAAAAACUUUGUGAGCACAAGUGCAUGUAAGGUUAGGGCUUGUACACAGCCACUCCACACUUACGCUCUUGCCUCUCACAGGGCCGCGGACACUCCGUAUCGGGUCGGUCCGCCAGCUUCAGGACUUUUACUCUAAAAAAUUAGCGGUUUGGGGUCACUUUUACUCUAUUUCCGGACCGGAUAAUCAAAAAAUUUCUCCCACGCUAUGAAAAUU